AUGGGGGGGCCAGAAGAAAGUAUCUGCCCUGUGGUUGGAGCCUGGGCUGUGGAUGACCUUUGGGGCCUCGGGGGACGGUCGGGGACAGGGCUGGCAAAUCAGUUCUUCUGGGAUCGCCAGGAACCACAGAUGAGUGACGAGAUGCGAACAUGGCUGGCAAACAGUGACAUAGCAAUGACUGAGUGUGACAAGCAUCUGGUGAAGAAUGGAGGAGACAGCAUGGAAGUGCCGGACUCAAAGAGAAUUGUCCUUCUGGGGAAAACUGGAUGUGGCAAAAGCAGCUUGGCUAACACCAUAUUUGGAGAGGAAGUCUUCAAGAUCAGCCACUUUCCCAUUUCCGAACUAAGUCUGUCUCGAGGGGAAACCAGACCUGUUAAUGGCAGGAACCUCACUCUGAUUGACAGUCCCGGUCUUUUUGACACCCGUGUCUCUGAAGUCAAGCUUAAGAAGGAGAUCCUGAGCUGCAUCACAGAGUGCGCUCCCGGACCUCACGCUUUCCUCAUCGUUCUUAAAGUGGAGAAAUUCACAAAGCAGGAGAAAGACGUCAUCAGAGAAAUAUGCAGACACUUCUCUGAAGAGGCUCUGAAAUUUGCUGCCAUUGUCUUUACCCAUGGAGACCAGCUCCCAGAGAGAAGGAGGAUCGAGGACUUUGCCCAACACAACGAAGAACUGAAAGACCUGGUGAAAAACUGUGGAGGCAGGUGCCAUGUUGUAGACAAUAAAUACUGGAACCGUAACACAGAAGAUCAGUAUAGGAACAAUAAGCUCCAAGUGGCAGAAAUACUGAGUACAGUUGAUAAGAUUAGUGAAGCAAAUGAUGGCAAGUUUUACACCAAUGAGAUGCUGCAAGCAGUGAUAAACCAAAUAGAGGUAGAGGAGGCAAAAAUGAAGCCCUCAUCAACUAACCAGUCAUCAGAGGAAACUAGAAACAAAGCUAAAAGAAGCGUGUUUAAUUCGUUAAUGUGUCAGCUAGUGGGUAGUGCUACAGGGGCAUUGUUGGGAGCAUUCCUUGGUGUGACCAAGCACAUUAAACUCUUACUUAGUGGGUCGGAACAUUCAGAUGUUCCACCACAAGCAUCUGUCCAAAGCCCGACAUUGCUUUCUGAGGCUGCUUUAAGUGAAGCCAUGAGGGGAGUCAGGAAAGGAUACAAUGCAGGUGCAGAAGCAGAAACUGUACAGGAGGCAUUUAGUGAAGCCAUGAAAGCUGUUUGGCAUCAGAGCCCCGAGACGGACUCAAGUGUAAAAAGAGAAAAAAAGGAGAAAGACUCAGAGAGUAAAGGAAAGGCAGAAACAGAUUAAUUUUAUGUGUUUGAACAUGUUAAAUGUGAUACAAGUAUAAAACUUUCUGAUUUUAUCUCUCAACAGAAUCAUAUAUGCUGCAAAGUUGAUUCAUAAUAGUAAUAAUAAAAAUAAUAAUCUGUGAAAAUCAUGCAUGGGAAAGUAUAUGUUGCAAUGAUAUUAACUUUAUUUGAUUCUGUUUAUCUAACGAGGUCCACUGAUAAACUGUUGUAGACAUACUUAGCCACCAGGGGGAGCUAAAGCGCAUGAAAAGCCUGGGUGCAAAGAGAGAAAGAACAAGGCGUCUGAGCUACUUUGUUGUUUAGUGUUAAUGGCCUGUAGAUAUAAAGGCAUGCUAGAGAAAAUAAUUUGUUCUGUGUGGAUUUUGAAAAACCAGACUAAUCAAAGGGGAAAAUGUUU